AUGUUCCAGAAUCUCAAAGCCUCCAACAUCUCUAAGCUCCAGGUCUCUGAGUUCAUUCUGAUGGGUUUCCCAGGCAUUCAUAGCUGGCAGCACUGGCUCUCCCUACCCCUCGCGUUGCUUUACCUCUUAGCUCUCGGUGCCAACAUUCUUAUCCUGAUCGUCAUCAAUCAAGAGCCAUCAUUGCACCAGCCUAUGUACCAUUUCCUGGGCAUCCUGGCUGUGGUAGACGUGGGUCUGGCUUCCACUAUCAUGCCCAAGAUAUUGGCCAUCUUAUGGUUCAAUGCUAAGACCAUCAGUCUCCCUGAGUGCUUUCUGCAGAUGUAUGUCAUACAUUGUUUUAUGGGUAUGGAGUCAGGUGUCUUAGCCUGCAUGGCAAUAGACAGAUAUGUAGCCAUUUGUCGGCCACUACACUAUCUAUCAGUAAUUAGUGACUCUUUUGUGGUCAAAGCAACUGUGUUAAUGGCACUCAGAAACACCCUCACUACUAUGCCCGUGCCUGUAUUGGCUGCUCAGAGACUCUACUGCUCACAGAACCAAAUAGAACAUUGUGUGUGCUCUAAUUCUGGAGUCACAAAUCUAUCCUGUGAUGACAGGACAGUCAACAACAUCUACCAACUACUUCUGGCUUGGACAAUCAUGGUAUGUGAUUUGGGGUUGACUAUUUUCUCAUAUGCUUUGAUACUUCACUCUGUUCUGAAGCUGAACUCAGUAGAAGCUGCAUCCAAGGCCCUAACUACCUGCACAUCCCACCUAAUGCUAAUCCUAUUCUACUAUUCAGCUGUCAUUAUUAUUUCUGUCACUAACUAUGCAGCAGUGAGAGUGCCCAUCAUUCCAGUGCUACUCAUUGUACUAGAGAUUACCAUCCCUCCUGCCCUCAAUCCCAUGGUGUAUACACUCAAAAACAAAGAGCUCAGGCAGGCUUUAUACAAGCUUCUUAAACUACACAUCAACAGCAACUACUGA